AUGUACAAUUUCUUAAAUUUAGCUACUCAACUUUCUUUUCAAUAUUGGAUAUUAUAUACCACAACUACCCAAGGUUCUGUAGUUCCUGAAAACCACUCAAAAGCACUUGCAGAAACCCUAGCACUUUAUGGUUCAACAAAGAUUCCCAAUAGCUUAGAAUUUUCUUCUAAUGGACAAAAUACUGAUCAAAUGCUAAUAUCUGAAGGUAUGGGAAAAAGAAUAGUAGGAAUAGGAGAGUCAAGAGGAGAUAUAGUAGGUACAUUUGCUAUUUCCGAGUAUAUGAAUACUGAUAUAUAUGGAAACAUUAGCAAAAAUACUAAAAUUCCAUUUAUAGUAAAUAAACCCCCAAUUGUGAUUAGCAGAAAACAAAUUGUAGAUGAAUAUUGUCCUAAUAAAACAAAAGAUAUUCAGUUUUCUCCAUAUUCUUCAGUAUACUAUCUUUCAACAGCUCCUCCUCCAAAUCCACAACAUACAGUUUGGCAGUGGGAGCAUAUAAAUAAACCUAUUUUAAGAAAUAGCCUUGCCUCUAAAACAUAUAAUGAAUCGAAACGCAAAAUACCAUCUGUUAAUGAAGUAUGGUGGAAUCCUCCAGUCUUAAAAACUCCAAACUAUUACAGAUCAAAUGUUAGGAGAGAAAACUCAUCUAAUAAACAAUCUUUAAAUAAGACAAAUGAAGACUUUGACUCAAAUAAUAAGUUAUAUCAUGAAGUUGAUGAUAAUAUUGAAUACAAUGCAUUGAAAAAUAAAUUAGAUCAAUUGUCAACUAGUACAAAGUUAAAAUCAGAAAAUAUAAUUACAAGAAAUGAAAAAAAAAGUGAUUUAUUGAAUAUAGGAAUUUUCAACUCUACAGAAAAUAGUAGAUUAGAUGUGCUUAAUCGAAAAAUUACUAAUUUUACAGAAGUUUCAAAAAAUAUUACUGAAAAGAAAGAAAAUAGUGUGGAAAAUAGAGAAAUAUAUAACAGAUUAAAUGAUACUAAUAAGAAUUCUAUAUAUAAAGAUAAGGAUAUUGCAGAAAAUAAACAAAAUAACAUAACUCAACUAGGAAAUUACAAAAUAUCUCAAAACAAUAAUAUUAAAACUAAGGAUACAAAUUUAACAAAAUCUCAGGUGAAUCUUAAUACUAAACCAACAGCAAGUAAUAAAACUAUUCAUGAUAAUUUAAUUGGUAUGGAUAAUAAAAAUUAUGAAUAUAAUUAUACAUUAGCACAGGAUACUAAAUUAUCUAGAAAUCUGGAUAUUUAUAAAAGUAUUGGUAAUGUUACUAAAUAUAUAGACUUUUAUUUGAUUGAUGAUAAUAAUAAUUUAAGUAACUAUAAUUAUAGCUCAGUUCAUAACAAUUUAGAAAAUAUAGAAUUUAAUCAAAAUCCAAACUAUACUAGAAAUUAUACUAAAAAUAAAAUUGUUUUAAGUGAAUCAACAGAUUCUAUUUAUAAUGGUAUAGAAAAUUUCAAUGAAAGCACAAAAUUUAAUGGAUAUAAUAUCCAAUACUAUAAAAAUAAUCCAGAUCAAAUAAAAAAUUUUAUCCAUGACUUAAAAUCUAAUAUAACUCAAGAUAAUAAGACUAACCAUAGAGAUAUAAUAAAAGGUGAUAUCAAAGAUAUAGGGAUUUUAUUAUUUGAGGAAAAUAAUCUCCUAAAUAACUCGAUAUCUUUUAAUAAUAAUGAAAUAAUUAAUCCAGAAGAGGAUCAGAAAACACAUGCAACUAUUGGUACAGCAAUAGAUCUAAAAAAAACAGAAAUUCCAAAUAUUUAUAACCAAACUUCAGCUCGAGAUCAGCUAAUAACUAAUGCUCUAAAUAAUCUUAAAUCUGAAAAUUGGUCACUUCCAAUGGAAUAUCUUAUUAAUACAACAUUUAUACAAUCAGAUACACCACAACCUGAGUUGGUGCCAAAUCAACUAGGUCCAAAAUUAAUGUAUCAAGAUUUUUAUUGUAAUCCACAAAUCCAUAAGUGUACUGAUCUUGCUACACUUGGAAAAGCAAUUGGAGUACCACUUUGGAACAUUUAUAAUAUGUCUACAAUUGGUAAAAUACAAAGACGCUUUAGUGAGUUAGCAGAUGAUGUAGAGAGAACUGCAACAAUGGGAUUAACUCCAACAUUUAUUGAUUAUAUAGAGCAAGAGCCAAUUAUUGAAACUUUAGAGUCAAUAGGAAAAGGUCCUACACAAAUGUUUUUACUUGAAGAGGGAGGUAAUAUAACGAAUUUCAUAGAUAAUUCAUCAACACUAGCAUUAUUCCAAAAUAAUGAAUUUCUCGAACCAAAAUAUUUUAAUAAAACACAACAGAAAUUCGCAACACAAGUUCUUAAAGCUGCCAGAGCAUGUGCUGAGUCAGGAUUUACAUUACCCAAUUGCAAUGUAACAAAACAGGAAGGUGUUAAAUUAUCUUCAAGCCAAAUUGCCAAUUUUGAAAAGUUAGGUAUCCUAAAUGAGGAUGGAACUUUAAAAAUACGAGGGUCAUAA